ACUCCAAAACAAUAAUAAUUCAAGUGAUAUUUUACUCUCUUUUUUUUCGUAUUUUUAAUUCAUUGAAAGAAAAAAAGUCCAGAAUUAAAAACAGAGGUGUUCAAAACAAAGGAAAAACAUGAAUGGGAACACUACAAGACCCUCAACAUCUUGCUUCAUCUGCAAUCCCCGUGUGUAAACAUGUCGGUCCUCCCAAAACCAAAUAUGACUGAAACCAUUCUUCCUUUGUUACACUCUUUGCAAUGUCACGUGCAUUCAAACUCCGUGUUGUUUGUAUCACAGAAAAAUGAGGAUGCAUAUCAUCAUCGUCAAAAAAAAAAAAAAAAAAAAAUUAUCAAAAAAAAAAAUAUAUAUCAUCAUCGUCAAAUGAAGUUCCUUUUUAACGGUCUUAACUUUUUUGUAGAUAGACAAUGCAGGAUUAUUGCUAUCUUUUGCCAUAUAUAGUAAAGAAACCAUGUCACAGUUAAACAUUACCAAAAAAAAAAAAUCCUCGAAUGAUAUUUCUGUUUAUAACACCCUCGAACUAAAAAGACAAAAACCUUUUAUUCUCUUAGCAUAUAAAUAAAGAAUCUUUUUCACUGUAAAUUGAUAUUCAUUCAUAAGAUACGAUUGGACUACAAUUGAGCCGUCGAGUACAAGAACUCCCAGAGACAUUUGCCGGCGAGUAUAAAUAAACUCCCGGAGACAAACAAACAACUAAAAGACCCAAUAACAAGAGAAUAGAGAGAGAGCGAAGAUCUGAAAUAACAGAAGACCAAACAUUAAGACAACAGAAAAGGAGGCAAGGAAUCCUAAGAACUAAGGUGAAACCUUAAACAAACCAGUCCAACGACCACCUCAAAGAACCUGUAGAUGCCGAAUUUGAGCCAAAGACAAGUGCCACAAAAGGACCACAUGGACACUACCAGAUUACCGAAAGCACGAAGCAAGGAGGAAUCCCAGCACAACAGCAACAAACCGACGGAAACAAACUGACCGGCUGAAUCGUCGAUUUAAAUAAGAUCCGAGCUAAGGAAAAUGGGGAUCACGUUAUCCACGAUUCUGAAAACAGGGGGUUCGAAGUCCAAUUCAGGAUACUACCAAGUCCCGGCGGAGAAACAGAGAGUUCAUAAUGAAGCGUUGGCGGAGGCUACUGUAGAAAUGGUAGCGAGGGAGCUCUACGCCUUAUUCCCGCCGACAGUGGGAGAUACGUCAUAUGAUCAACCAAAGGAAGGAGAGACAGAGAGGGAUGAGGGAAUAGAAUUGCGGGUUAGCGAGUUCAUGAUAAAGGGUGCCUGCAAAGAGUCAUUUACGGCUUUGAAAGAUUGCGUGGACGAAGCUAAAAGUCACCCAAAGAAGUGUGACGAAUUCUUUCCAAGGCUGAACAAGUGUAUGCAUGCUCACUCUGACUACUAUCAGCCGAUUCUUGCUCUUGUGAAAGCUUCUGAAGAAAUGAUGAAAAAGGAGCUUGUGGCCUUCGUAUUAUCGGAAAUGGAGGCGGCUGAGAGGAAGCGGGCUAGGAAAAUCAGGGGUUACUGAGGAUGUAGGUAAUUUACUAAUUUUUCUUGUUUACGGGAAUUUCUAUUUUGGAUUUUUGGGAUAAAUUGUUCUUAGGAGGAGAAAAGGUUUCGUUUGUUAAAUUCCUAACUUAUAAGAUUGGUCGAAUUUCUUCCCUAGUUAAUUUGCCAAUUUGUGCUUUAGCCUUUAAGGAAUGACUACUCUUUUUGAUGCGCACGAAUGUUGUUUUAGUGAAGAAAUAUUGUCUUCUUUGUGGUUUGCUGUUAAGGUUUCAAUACCUUGAACUCUGUAAACUCUUGAUAGAUAUUAUAGAAUCGAUUACGUAACCACAAAGAGAAGAUAAGAAUCGUUAUACUCAAAUCAACAUAGAUCUAAGCAACGAUUACACAGAGAUCAACAUUGAUCUCUCUUCUAGCACAUCGCUAGGCCAAAGUCUCUCACGAGAACUCUCAACAUCAAAAGCAUAAUCUCUCUGUAGCAAUCAAGUCUCUAUUUAAAGAAGAAGAGUUUCAACGGCAAAGCCUCUGAUAGUGAAAGAGUCUUUGCCCUCAUUUGCCAAGUCAACUUAGUCAACACUUGUGAUGACUUUCUCUUCUUCUUCUUCUUCUUCCUUAAAUCGUAUCAUUUGCUUAGCUAUUUCCUCACUUGAAUCUGAUUUGUUGCUUUUGAACCAGAAAAGGUUAGACCUACCUUUACAAGUAGUAAUUGCUUCUCGUUCCUAACAUUUUAAAGAUCAGGCUUUACAUCUUUGUUGUUUCACAUUUUGCUCAAGAUACACUAACAUUGUCUUUCCCCACAUCAGUUUGAUAACAACACAAGGUUCGGUUUGGUUGAUGUUUCCCUCGAAUUGAAACCCCCGGUAUGUCGUGUUUCUCAUUUGUAGGGAGAGAUGAAACAUGAUACAACUUCACGUCUCUUAUCAGCCUCCAUAGAGUGUACCAUAUGAUUCUUUGCUUACCUAGUUAAUCAUGAAGUUUCUUUGCUUUUUGAAUGACUCUAUUCAAAGGCCAGUGUUGUUGUCUCUGCAUAAAUAUUGGUAUUUGGUGAUAAUAUUGGAGUUUCUUCCCUAAUUAAGCUAAAACAUAAAUUUAACAGUCUGCUUUGAUUAAGAAUAAAAAUAAUUACAUUGAUUUUUGCAUAGGGGUUGAAUGUGAAUUACAACUAUGAGUUUGAGAUUCAAUUGUGAUUUUUAAAACGUCUUGAGGGUCAAAUACAAUAAAAAUCAAAUAAAAGUCGAAAAUUAAAAAAGACCCCACUAGUACUAGUCUACUAGUGAAACAAUCACACCGCGUAAGGAGCGUGUACCGGUCGUGUUGGCCGCGUUGGAAUGAGACACAUUUCUCAUUCACUCAGUCAUGUACCGGCCCCUCGAACUUUUCUUUUAUUUAAAUGCAUUAUAUUAACAAAAUAAAAUAAAACUAAGGCAUUAACAAAGUAGCAAUACUUGUAAUAUAAUACUCUCACCGAUAUACUACUAUUAUCAAAACAUAG